CUUCAGAGAGCCCAAACGCCUCACAACGAUACCAAACAGAGUCUCCGACAUACAAAGGGUCAGUUAAGGAUGAGCAGGGGCCAAUAGAGGAUGCAAAGAGUAUAGCAAUUGCUAUCGACAGUCAGGAUAUGAUGACUCGUUCGGAUCUCGAAGAAUCCUUACUGAGGAACCUGUUCGCCCCUGUCACAUCCUUAAAGUCAGAGUAUACUUCAUGCCUCAACAGACAAACACCUUCCUUGGACUGAGUUAGGUCAUCCAAACUUAUUGAAAACGAUGCGAUUCGCGCCUCAGACUCGUGUCUUCUGCAUCAAUAAGAAGUACCGUUCUGUCUUUUUGGUUGAUGUCAGCUCAUCUGUCCUUACUGUUGAUUCUGAAGGUUCAAAAGUUGUUAUGAGCCAGGUCAUGGAAACGCUCUCAAAGUGCCUCUCGGGGCUUGCAGAACGUUUUUCGUGUCCAGGGCUGGAGCAGGACUUUGUUCAGUCCGAGAUUCAUAUCACAGUCAUAGCAGAGUGUUCACAAUUCGCAAGUAAUUUACAUACUGGAGAAAUGUUAGCCAACUUCCCAACAAUGAAAGUUCUAUUACAGGAUGUCAUCUUGACUGAGAAUAAUCGCAAGAGUGUCCUAAAAGCGUUGCGAAUACAACUUGAAAAAUUUCAAUCAAAGUUGGCCAAAUUCAGAGGUGAAUUGCGGCGGACACGCGAAAUAGUUGGAUAUUCGUUGGCAGUAGAAGAUAAUGUUGGUGAUAUCAAUACAGAACUUGAUCUGGAGGAUGAUAUCAGCCAAAGAAAAUCAUGGGGUGUAGGGCUAUCGGGAGCCAACUUGUCCUAUACGUUAACAGCUGGCCUGUUUGCGCUGGGGAUGAUGCCGAGCGCUGCUUCUCCAUCGUUGGUUGUCAUAACGGACGGCGUCGUCAAAUCAAACUUGCUACACGGGAGUACAAUCCUGAGACGUCUCAUGGAGCUAGAUGUUUCUUGUUCUAUAAUUCAGCUUGGUAAGAACAAUGAAUCAAUGGCAACUUGCAACUGGGGCUUCAUACAGGACACAGAAGCUCUUCGAUUUGUUGCUGAAGCCACACUGGGGAAAUUUAUGUAUUCUCAAGACUGCAUUUCCGUUGGUUGUUUGAAUAACUCCAAUGGUUUGAGCGAAGGUCGGGUUGCUCCCAAUAUGUAUCAUCGGUCAUUCCUGAUCCGAGAACUUUGUCUUAUGAAACCACGGCCAGGACUCGAUGAGGAUGACAAAGAGGAUUCCCCGGGAUACUCCUUAACCAACUUUCCAUGGGACCCCAGAAGUCUACCAGAACCAGCCAAGAUGAUGCAGACAUCUUGUAAGGAUUACCAUCUUAAUAUACCCGUAGAAAUGCUUGUCACCACCCGAAUUAGACAGGGAUUUCGGAUUAAGGGUGUCUUUAUAGCACUAGACAAAGAUCGAUCGUCUACAGAGCGAUACAUGAUUACUAUGACGUUAGCAUGGCUCCCAAACGUCACCAUUCAGUACCGACUCAAAGGUUCAAUCUCGAGCGAAAUUGCCAGUACCAACUUCUUCGACCGAUUCGAAGCACCCAAAGUUGAAAUUGAUGUUAUUGCCUAUCAGGCUUUUGCUAUUCAUUUCCUUAAUUCACAGCAUGCACCUGUCAAUGCUAAUCACUCAGUAUAUGCCAAAGUUUAUCGUUUUUAUCGAUAUAUUGUGGGACUGAGCGACUCGGAUGUAACGCUGCGAGGAUUAAAUAACUCUCAUGCAAAAUCACUGGAGAGGCCAGGGAAGCCUAUUUCUGGAAUAGCUAAUGACGAGCGUCAGGAGUUGCUUGCGUACAUCUCACGGCUCUCAGACCAAUGGUCAGGGUUUGCUAAAGACGCUGACUAUCAGUAUAGUCGAGGCUGGUACAAUGAAUUUGAAUUCGACCUCCUCAUGGUUGUUCCGCCACCCUCUUUCCUACCAACAGUCAUGGAUACCAAAAAUACGCUCGUAAAAUACAGUGAAGGAUUGGAGGCGACAAUUCAGACUAUCAAGGACAAUCUCAAGAAUACCUGGGCAUCAUUUGUAGUGGGGGAUGUGUACAUUAAAACUUGGCAGGCUCCAGAGACGAGCUCAUCCACGACUACUAACUCAUCCACGACUACCGGCUCAUCCACGACUACCAGCUCACAGUUCUGUGAAUUGCGUUUAUUCAGUGAACCCAGUGUUGCAGUACUCCACGUUCAACUUCGAUUCUUUGGCAUGCCACUAGCACAGAGGAGAUCGAUAGCUAAAGCACUCCAGGAAACGAUCUAUCGCUUCCAGCCAGGACAGUCAGAGCGGAACAGUAGUUUAAUAACGGGAGACGAAAUUUCUCAGGCGAGUAUACUCCGUUGUCAACGGCCCAUCUAUCGUCUUUUGAUGCGACAUUUAAUCUGUGAGGUUCCUUUAGCACCUGAACAUGAGACAGCGUUGAUGAAAUUUCGGACUCAUGUUUCGGAACCCAUCGGAGAGGAAUCGGUUUUGCGAUCAUAUAUGGUCCACAAACAUUGGGUAUGGAAAGAUCAAGUGCGUGACCCAGCUUAUCUUGCAGAGAAUAACUACAUGGCCAGUCAAGACCUGGCAUUCCAAUACUUAUGUGCUCAGCGCAUAGGGGAAGGCUACCUACUAGCUUCUGCUCUCCCCAACCGUGUUUUAUUCUACAAAGAAGUUGACCUUCCUGAACAGCAGCAUUCGCUUCUCCGAGGUUCAACCUCGAUUCAAUACCUUAUUUCAAGAAGUCCUGCUUCAGGAGAGCUUGUCACUGAACUCUGGAUGGAGCCACCCUUGGAUAUGUGCCGACAAAACAUAUUUUCUAAAAUUAAGGCUCAAAUUAUUGCUGUGGAUCGCUUCGUACAAUCUCGUCUGGCAACUUAUGAGGCAAUUCAUACCAUCGGUCGCCUCCGCCUUCGGCCAGAGGUGAACGCGCAGUCGGAACGAGAGUUCGUAUACCCAUAUCUGUUUGAUCCAGCAACCCUUUUGCGACAGCAGCGACUCGUUACAGUCGCAUUUGAAGCCCCUCGGCAGGGUUUACCAAGGGACGACCAUUUUGGUUCAGAAACAGAGCCACAGAGAAAAUGCAUUCAUACACUAGGGCUUGGAGCUAGUAAUGGAGAAGGCCUUUCUGGCACACUAGCAGCGACUCCAAGCAGUAGCAGGGAGUUCUUUAUGGUUAGGAAUGCGAAUGCCAGCACCACUAGCCUAACUCAAUCUCUUCUGGAAGCGGAAGCUGGAGCCUCAAAUGAAAACGAACUUGUAGCCGAAUAUAAGGAUCAAAUAAGGGAACUUUGCUGUAGAGAUCGCGAUCUUGCAAUGCUACAUCUGUUUAUGGAAAAGUCGCUUUCACAUCUGGCAGAUGGCGAGAUUAUACCGGGAGGUGAAGAUGAUGGAUGUACACAACUCUUUAUGGACAUCAAGCUGUCAAUCAAGCAGAGCGCAGAAGUCCGUCAGGCAUUGAUGGAUUUUCACUGCGCCAACUCUUUUCAGGAUAUUCGCUGUUUCGUUAAGAGCAUCAACUCAAAGUUUUUCCGACUCAUCAUCAUACCGAAGCUUGGAGCAGUUAUAUCUCAUUUGACAAAGUUGCGUUCACUACCACCAAGAGAACAGGAUGGGCGUAGUGAACAAAUGCGACGGGAUUUCUUGAGCUGUCUCAUGUUUGAGUGCCUUCGCAGCAAGCCACUAGUGGAUCUGUCCGAGUAUAAUGCAAAUGCACUUGAGCAGAGCAUGGCUUUAUUUGAGCUUCAUCCUGUCACGCUUGGUCCCUUGACGACACAGCAGCCGUUGCUUCCUCAACCAGUGGUUUAUGAAGACCAAGGAAAAGCUCGAGUACAAGGAUCAACGAUUCAAUUGAUUCAUUCAAUUAGUCAGGCUUAUUCACAUAGUUUUAUUAAGGCUAUCUAUGCAUCGCUUGUUGAAGGACAUUCAAUUGAUAGCUCCGACUUGGCGAACGCCAUCCAGUUUUGUUCUAGAACGACAGUUGAUAUUAACAUUACUGGGUUCCUAAACACGCUUGAGGAAGGAAGACGGACAGGGACUUUGAGGGAGGACGUCAAUGAGUUGUCUGCACGGUUCAUGAAUGUCCUGAAGCGUUCUUUCGAUCUUGCACCCGUGCAAGGCUCAGGUCAGAUUUACUUUUAUCGACCUGCUCUGAAGAAACUUAGCACCGUCAAGCAGGUAAAGCCCAAGAACAGAAAGCGAUCUCCAAGUGUCUCACGAUCCGGAUCAAUUGAUGCAGAUUUGGAGGAUGCACUCGCAGAAGUGAUAGAGAGUGCAGAGCGGCCACUGUUUCUUCACUUAGAAUGCUCGUUCCAGAAACCUUUGACCCCGGUACCCGAUCUAGAAAAGGCGAACCUAAAGUCAUCAGUCACUUUCCCAGUGACAGAAGUUCCUGUAUCUUACAUGUAUAAAGAUAAUGGAUCUCAAGAAUACAAUUAUGCACCUACAAGCAUCGGAUUGGAAUCACGUCCUGUUGAUUCUGGAGAUGGAACUAUCGCUAUUCUACAUCUAGUGAUCUCCACACUUCCCAUGCCUGAGGACUAUGCAGGCCCCACGUUGAAGACAAUUGACUCGGAGUCAAAAAUUAAUGUUGACAACAGUCAACUAACUGGCCUUCGAAGCCUGCAGCAUCUCUUCCCAACACUAGAAUCAACGCAGAUCGAAGUGAUUGCAGAAACUGAGGCAAGGUUAGAGUGGCUGGUCAAGGAGGAGGUCAUGCAUGGUUUAAUGAACAUGACGCCCAUUACCACCGAUAUCUUGAGCCUAGUAGAGACACAGCUCAAGACCAAGAGUAAUUUUGUCGACUUCCCCACGGCGAUGACACUGCCUCUGACAUUCGUAAAACGCAGGCGUGGUCACGACAUAUUCAUGCAGGAACUCAGCAGGACUAAUAUGUAUCCAUACGAAUUGCAUCAGCUCGGACAGUACUUUUAUUUGACAGAAAGUAGUGAUGCACAGGUCAGAGAAGAUGUGUCGGAAGACGGUAUGAAUGACUCGGGACUUCAGGUUGAUAAUGAGACGUCACAGGACGAUGACCUGCCAUCCUUGUCCAACGGCCUUCAGGACGAUUUGUCUCUGCAACCAUCCAACGACCUCUGCCAUGGGUUGGGUAUUGUGAUUUUACCGGACCCAAGGCCAACAAAGAAACCCUCUACCAGUCAACAAAAUAGCAGUGACCAUACACUUCUCAGGAAAAGGCAUACUUUUUGGCUGAUUCUAGUCCCAAAAGACAGUUUUGUACAAAUGUACUUUUUCUCAAGGUCUCUGUCGGAGGAAUUUUGCAAUGCCAUCCAGGAUCAUGUCCGGAAGGCCAUUAAUGAUCUUUGCAUUAAAGUCAAUCAACUGACCUUACUACAGUCGCUGAAUAAGACUCGGAACUGCAGUAAAUACCUGGUACCCUGCGAUGAAACAGACCCUAACGCUGACACAGAAUCUGAUCCAGAUUCAGAUGAGAUUUCAGAAGAGGACAAGGCUUUGGUAACUGGUGGGCCAAAACAAACGGAUGAUAAUGAAACUCACAGGAAGUUCCAGCCCGGCGAGUUUGCAUGUCCAUUGGUGUACCGUGUAGCAUGGCCGUUACAUUGGCGUGUUAAAGCAGGUCAGGCGGUCAAUAGUGUAUUCCACCUAGGACUAUUCCCGUUCGCUGUCCAAAACCGCAAAAACUACUUCGUCGUCGAGAGUCAAGAUGAUCAUGAUGAAAGCAAAAAGAUUGUAGUACUAUUGAAACUCAGCGAAGUAGACGUUCAACCUGAUCAAGACUCCUCAAUUGCGCCACAGGCAUCAGAAGAGCAACGAGGAGUAGCAUCACAUUUCACAGCUAACAAGGCAGGAGACGACUCUUCUGCGGGUCAAAAUGCUCCAAUUCCAAUCCAAAGCUUAGAUGAGUCUGUAUCACAUAUAAACAGUCCACGCCCAUCCCUCACUGCAUCACCUGGAUCCAGAACAAUUGUCCCGCCGCUGAUUAGGACAGAGACAAGAGAGCUAGUGAUUGAGGUUUUCGGCGUGGAGCCUCCUGGCAAGCAAAUAACUGUUGAUCUGUUCAAUCUACUGGAGAACAGAUUUUAUAACUCUGUUGUCCUCAAUGUAGUAUCAACGUUUCUGUCUCGUAAUUCAACUUUGAAGUUCACACAAGCAGAUGUGGAUUUUAUUCUACCCAUAGACAGGCUAGAGUCCACACGCCGGGUACUAGAGAUUCCUAAUUUUAUCAAGGUCCCAUAUGCGUUCUUGAUGUACCUUAAGCAGAAUCUAUGUCUGUAUCUCAGUCCACUGACAGGUCCUGACAAGAUUAACGUUCUGGCACGAUAUUACCAUGCGCAAUAUGGACGGUUCCCUACUACAGAACGAUCCCAUGAUAGGACUAGUCAAUCACAUCAGUUGCAAAUUGGAGACUUUUCGUUUUUUUAUAAUGCCGUUCAAAGUCGAACCCCUACUCCUAUUGAGGCAUGCGUAGGAGUUGGUUUAGCUGGAGUAUGUCUUACGGUAUUGGGUCAAGAUAUGAGACCGGUUUUCGAGGUUGGGUACCAAGAGGGCGAUCAUGACAGAGAGGAUAUUGAAAAAUACUUUACCCUAUCCCCAAAUACGAGUGGUCUAAAACCAUCCAAGUACAGUUUGCUAAUUGAAGUAUGGCCCCAAGGGUCUGUCAAUCCAAAUGCGCUUCUCGACUCCAUCUUCCAAAGCUUCCGCCAAAGUCUUUGUGAUGAUAUCAUUGAGACAUCCAUUGAUCAAGGACUUUGUCCUAGUGCGCGUGAUAGGAGGAAUGAUAUCGAUCAACUCGAUGGCGAACCGUUGAUUGGCGAACGUAUCCAAAGGAACUUUAUUGACCCAUCAUUUAUGAUCCUUCAACAUGCUUAUCAAUGGAAGAAUCCAGCGGUCCAGUCACUUAUGCUGCAAUACUCAAUGCCGCCAUGGAUUAUGGAUUCGUUCCUUUUGGAACUAGAUGAAAUCAUGACGGAUGUUAGCGUCCAUUUUUCGCCGUUACUCAUCCGCUCUAUGGCUGAUUCGAAUCGCUACAAGGAAUACAGAGCUUCUAGCGGGACUCGGAAAUCAUUCGGCGACAUGACCAACGUUCGCUUUAUUCUCAUAGGAGGAAUCCAAGAUUUAAGCGAUGGUUACAGCUCAAACUACUAUGGCCGCCGAACGAGCAUGGGAAGUGAGCGUUCGCAUUCCCGUCGUAGCUCGCUUGCCGAGGGAGCUAGUCUUCACCAUUCUCACAAGACAUCCACUCAUUCUUCACAGCAGCAUCCCAAGCGUCAACUCGAGGAUAUCAAGAUGUACCCGAAUGCUGUCACCACUAGUGCUCAAGAUGAGACCAUGCUGACUCGCAAUUGCUUUGUGAUGAUUACGGCGAAUGGCUUUGGUCUGCAGGCGUACACUUACAACUGGAGCAAAACAUACCAUGAAUUUAUGUUCUCUGGUAUUGAGAAGAUUGUUAGGUGGCACAAGGAUCGUAUGAGAUUGCUAGAUAACAUUCUGUUACAGAAAAUGGGACUCUUCCACCAUGUACCAUCCAUGCUCUCUCCACCACCAGCACCCAUUGCGUUACCACCAAUCACACAAAUGACUCCUGCAGUCGUACCGAGCAUGAUUCACAAUCUUCCUCGAACAGCCGUUGCUAGCUCGCCUCACCUUGGAUCCAAUUUGCGUACCGGGCUUACAGAGCCAGUCAUCGGCACACCCAACGUCUCCAAGACAAUAACGGCGACAACGACAACAUCCCCGAAACCUCAGUCAACUUCAGCUGUGAUCUCGGAUGUAGCCAGUCUAGCUAGUCUAGUGGAGGACCAGUUCCCUAAUCGAUCGCGCAUACCUCAUGUGGGUACUAGUAUUUAUGGAAACGAUGACAGUCGCGCCGAGCAAUUUAAAGUGUCCUCAAGUGCAUUACCGCUUAUAUCGAGAUCUAACGCACCGGCUGGUACUACAUCUACUCAGUCUCGGAACCAAAGCCAGUCUACACUAUCAACCGAACAAAGUCACUCUGUAAAUGCGGUUUUCAAUGCAGGGUUGGAUGUAGAUCAAAUAUUACGGGACUAUUGCCUUGAGCCACUGGAGGCACCCCGUGAUGAGGAUCAGAUUCAGGAUGAGGUCCAACGACAUGGCAAACUCUUCUUGGACACGUUCACAUAUCAUAUUAAGAAUGCUGAGGAUCAGCAGAACGCAUACAAUGUUUACCAGAAAUGGUCAAAGCGUUAUAGAGACCGUAAGGGUUCGCCCAAUGCGCUACAUGAGAACAUGACCAUAUCAGAUCUUGCCAUCAUGUUGCGCUCAUCUAGACUGCUCCACUUCUGUAGAACCCCACUGCUAUUCACGGAGUUUUCCUCUUCGCUUUUCCAGCUCGCUAAAGAUUCCUCCGGAGUGGCUGCAGUAUCCGGCCAAUGUUUAGGUGGAGUGAAUUGCAAAGCGGUCGGGGGAGAAAAUGCCUCUGUAUCAGAUCCUGUUGUUCAAUGGUAUAGUGCAUUGGCUGAGACAUUCAUGCGCGAGUAUAGUCAAUACCUCGCGACAGUUGGUAUGCAACUCUUGAUGUACGGUGAAUCGAAAUUUGACAAGGCAGUAGAGCCUUUGCAUUCUGGAGGGCCAUCAUUCAUGUCACAGUUUACAGUGUCCCAAACACUCUCGGUGCAGAGUCCUGCAGCCUUUUUGUUCAAAUCAUUGCAAGGAGGAUCGAUUAUGUGCGAGGUUCGACUCCAGGGUAUGUUUGUUUGUGUAACUCUGUAUACACUGAAUCGACGCUACGGAAGACUCAAGCUGGCUGCACCAGGAUUCGCGACUGCUGAAGCCAAUAAGCAAAGCCUCAGGGCAUUCACAGAGCAAUGCGCGCGAUUUAAGGAUCGCAUUCAUGUCAACAGUUUUGUAUAUGACUUCCAUUUACGAUAUAUUCAUAGAAUUUUGAUGGAGUCGUCUAAGUUGAGUAUACCCAGCUCAUCAAUUACAGGAAUGGGAUUUGCAUCAGCUCCCUCGAUGUCACUGCCGUUCUCUUUUGACUUGCUGGAUGUUCUACAUCAGUUCAUGCAGUACCAUUCGCGUCCAGCAGCCUAUUCCAGGAACAGAAUUUAUCGUGGAGUAUAUAGAAUGAACGUGGCGCCAGGUGAGACAGAAUUACCAGGCCAUUUGUUUGAAUAUGUGAUCAAAAACCCUCAGCGCUAUGGAUUUCAGGCUAUUCAUCAUCAGAAUCGACCCAGAGCAUGCUUUGUUUCAGGACGUGACCUACUAACUGGUUAUUCGGGUGGCAGUCGCCGUAAUGUCGAUGAUAAUCUCGGAUCUGGUCAGCAGGGUUUUGGUAGCGAGAAUGUUGGCCAAAAUCAAGGGCUUAAGGGCUUUGGUGUUGGAGCCAAUAGAGGGGGGUUGUCUUCGAAUCCGGAGAAAAAGACCUUUGGUCCCCACACACGACACACCAGUCAUGACAGCAACUUGAACACGAAGCGGAUAUCGCGUAGGAUGACCGCAAGCCGAUCCAGCCAUACCAUCAAGGAAUCUCCAAUCCUGGAAGAAGCUGGUGUGGAGUAUGUAUUGGUCAUCUCAGAUGGGGAGAGAGAUAGUCUGGGGCUUACAGUUCAUUACUACCUAUUGAUUCUGAGAGAAGAAGAGGUAGUCAAAAAGCUGGAAGAGCGCCAUGGGCCACUGGUUAAUGCCAAGGAUCGCCUCCUUGCUGCUAACCAUAGUCUCUUAGUUUUACGAGAGAGCAGUGGAAGUCCAGGAUCUAUUAAUCAAGGAGGGAUUGGCAGUCUAGCAGUAGGUCGAUCUAAUGUUAUUGGAAACCAACUUCAACCAGCGCAACCUAUAGGAGAUGAAGAUGGUUUGGUAUCAGAGCCCAAGCUAUUGAGUGUGAAUCAGAAUGCAAAUCUGCCUUUGCAAGAGAAAAACAGUAGUGAAGAGCGCCUUAUGGAUGCAACAGAGUUACAAGAACGGAUUACGGAACGAGCAGUCCUUGGAGAUGUUGUUCGUGCAGCAGAGGUACGAUUGGAACUAAUGCUGAAGCAAGCAGCUCAGUUCUUUGACCGCGACUCACUCUGGGAGAUGUUGCUGCAAGGCAAGAUUGGCAAUUCAGGCACGACCACAACCAUACAGGGAAUUAAUCCCUUUUUGGUUGGACCUCAUCCUGUUAAUACACCUGGCACGAUGCUUUCCACAGAUGCUGUGGAUUAUCUUUCCCAUAACACUAGUAACAACCAAAACCACCAUGGUGUAGGGCAGGACAAUGCACUUAAUAGCAAUGCAGAGCUAGGCUUUGCAGACUUUCUGGCUCUCGGACAGAGAUUCCAUAGCACCCCAUUGGAAGAGAUGGAGCCUGAUUUUCGUGAGAUCAUCGAAGCGCCGGGUAUUGACUGGGGCGAAGUCUUGUCCUUUUUGGCCCGGUUCUAUUCUCGAUGGGCUAGAGAAUUUAUGGAGCAUGAUGAAACACAUAUAUCAGGGGUAGCCCAUCCGACCCCUGAAGGCACUGGAGGUACAACAAGGUUGUUCGGGCGACGAGGAUCAGCUGAGCAAAGCAUCAGGCCGUCUAGAGGGCGCCGACACCUUGUGAUUUUCAACCCGCAUAAUCGAGAUUUACUGGUGCACUUUGUAGUCAAUAUCAACACUUCGACUGCAGAAGAAAGAACGUGGGCCAAAACGGGAAUCAAAAUGAUGGGCUCAUUUGGUAGAUCCCUAACAUCCAAGCAGCAAUUUGCUCGCUAUGGGAGCAAGGUGCAAAGUCCAGCGGGCCUAAAUUCGAGAUCUUCACGCCGAAGAAACUCUGGCGCCUCGUCAUCAUCAAAAUUAAAGCCUCUUUUGCAGCCACAUUCACAGCUCCAGGCACUACUGCUACCGCCUUCACACCCAUCAGCGGCGCCAGCCCCCAAACAAAACCAGGCAUUUUUAACCCGACCAUCACUAUCAGAUACAUCAGCCCGUGUGUCAUCCAUGAGCUCGAUUGCCCGCGUAGCUAGCUUGGCUAUGUCUAAGGUCGCCAGUCGAUUACAGAAAUCGUCCUCUGGAAGCCGUGAAACCAACUCUUCAUCUGACCCUAAUGCAGACGCUACUACCAGUAGAGCAAGCUCGCGUGCGGGAAGCAUUAUUCUUGAAGACGAUACACAAUCGGUGACGACGGCAACGGAUAAUAAUGUAAUGGAUACGACGCAUUUACGAUUAUCUCCUCACAGAACCGGACUAUCUAAAGAAGAAAGGCCAUCAUCAGGCUUGCUCAAUCCGGAACGUCCUGUAAUCCGUCGAACACGAAAGAUCAGUGGUACUAGUCAGAGUAGUCAGGGCAGUCAGCACAUAGGACUAGGUAUAGAAAAGUCAACGCGACAGAGGCAGUCCACCACAGGAUCGGAACGAUUUAGUGAGCACAUUACAGGAGGCGAAAAAGCAGGUCUAAUUGUCGAUUCUGAGCGUGGACCAGAAGAUCCGGAUCAUAGCAACAGCAAUGCUGGAGAAAGCGAGAGCCUUCAUCAUGAUAAGCAUGUGGAUGUCAGUGUAAACGAAGGAAAGGAAGAAGAGGAUUUUGAUGUUGAUGAUACCGAAGAAGAAUAUGAGGAUGAGGACGAUGAGGGUACAUAUGAAGACGAAUUUGAUGAAGCAGGUGCUAACGUCCAAGUAUUCUCUGUCAGUCGUGAGCCCAAGAGUGGAUACAAUUCAAUUGAAUCUGAGCAUGUGGGCGACAUCAUUCGUACACUGUCGUUUUGGAUCUGGAAAAUGCAAAAAUGAGAGAAAAAAGGCUUUCCUAACAGCAAUUUAUUUUAUCUAUACAUAUAACUUUAAUACAUGCUUUCUAUCUUUUACGUUAUACACUAUCCAUUCUCUCA